ACAUUGCCACAACACCUAAAAAUUAAAAUGGAAAACUGCAGCUUGCUCUAUGCUCCUUCAUCUUCAGCAAUAUCUGCACCAAAUAGCUGCAGCAUCAGCACUGGAUCCGCUUCCAUUUGGUUGACCACAGUUCUCAAAGAGCUCGGAGAUUUCCCUUGUGAAAGGUCAAAUCCAGAUGAAGCAGCUGAUCAUUCUUUUGUUCUCGUUAAUGAUCUUAUCUCCACAUCGACUAUUACGGAGGAGAUGGUGAAUUCGGGAUUCAGCUCGUCCUCGGAUUUGGAAGCAGCAAAAUCAGAUCUCAUUCAAGAAAAAGCGGACAAAUCUUUAAAAGGUGAGGUUAAACAUGUAAGUUCAUUUGGAGUAAGUGACAUGGAUUCGUUAAUGUGUUCAAUGAAUGAUUAUUGCUCACAGCAAUUUGGAUUCGAAGGUAACUCUUCUGUGGUUGCUGAUCCCAAUGUUUGUGGUUUAGUCGUAAAUGAUGAUGAUGACGGCAAGAUUAUAGAUGAGAUUACAACAAGUCCAGCACCAAAGAAUAAGAACAAGAGAGGAAGAAGCAAUAGUAGUUCUGGUGGUGGCCGAUUGAGUCAUAUGGAGGCAGAGCGGCAAAGAAGAGAGAAGCUGAAUCAGCUGUUUUAUGAGUUAAGAUCGGUAGUACCAAAUGUGUCAAGGAUGGACAAGGCUUCAUUGCUUUCAGACACCUUGUCGUACAUCAAUGAACUCAAAAGAAAAGUGGACAAGUUGGAGGUUGAUCAACAGGCUAAAAUAAGAAAAUCUAAGGAGGGAUCUGUCAAGUUAGACAACAAUAAUACAACAACAAUGAAGGAAGGAAGUGAUGAAAAAAUAGUUGAUGACGAGGAUCUCACCGGUAAGACCUCAUCAAUUGAUAGUGUGGGUGGAGGCAGAGAUGACGACAUGACUCUGAUGAAGAAUGUGGAAAUAGAUGUUAAGAUGAUGAUGGAUUCGCACGCUAUGAUACGGGUGAUAUCAGAGGACGUGAAGCUUUCUUCAGCUGGACUAAUGAAUGCACUAAAGGAAUUAGAGUUUCAAGUACAACAUGCAAGCAUAUCCAGAGUCAAGGAUCAAAUGUUGCAGGAUGUCAUGGUUAGGCUUCCUGAGAACUCCGUUAAGACCAUCAGCACAGAGGAGGGGGUAAAAGCUGCCGUCUUUGCGAAAUUAAAGAAGCAGCGCUUUACAUAAUCAAAAGCACGGAGCGAUUUUGGUGCUAAAUUAAUGUAUUUGAAGAUAGUAAUUUUUGAAGAAGUUGAUAUGAUGUAAAAUCGUUUCUAGUUAACAAUUUCUUGAAUAAGGAGUUGAAAUUCAAUAAA